AUGGAUGAGACCUCAGACGAACCUCCCACCUCUGCCGUCCUCUUAGACAACUGCCACUUCUCCCAGGUCGUCUUUAACAACGUCGAGAAGUCUUACAUUCCCGGAGGAGACAUAACCUGUUAUUAUACCCUCACGGAGAACAUCGUUCCUCGCGGGAAGGACUGGGUGGGCAUCUUCCGGGUGGGAUGGAAAACAACCAGGGAAUAUUACACCUUCAUGUGGGCUCCUCUGCCCACUGACGUCUGCAGUGACGGCGCUGUGCAGCAACAGAUCCAGUUCAAAGCUUACUACCUACCAAAAAAUGAUGACUACUACCAGUUCUGCUAUGUCGACCAGGAUGGUGCGGUCCGGGGAGCCAGCGUGCCUUUCCAGUUCAGAGCAAAGACUGAGGAUGAUAUCCUGGUGGUUUCCACACAGGAAGAAGUGGAAGAAAUUGAACUAGAAAACAAAAAUUUGCGUAAAGAAAAUGAGGAGCUGAAAGCAAGCUGUGCAAGUCUCCAGAAACAAAACAUCAAUCUGCAGGAAGAGCUCAACAAGACACAGGAGCUGCAGAAUAGUUUAGAGUCUCUAAGGAGCAACACAGAGAAACUGGAGCUGGAGCUGCGUUCCCUGAAAAAGGAAAAUAAACAUCUAAAGGACCUGUAUGACUGCAGAGAGGCAGAACUGCACCAACUCAAGGAGCAAAUUCAGAAUGUGACAUCUGACAAGGAAUGCCUGGAAACCAGACUGAAAACAGCGCUGGAUCAGAUGGACCAGCUGCAGUCUCAAGUGUUGAAUUAUGAGAAAGAAGUGGAAAACCUAUCUCAUAUGGACCACGACAAGACAGAGCAGAUUGAAAGUUUAAAGGAAGAGAAUCGCCAGUUACACAUGGCUAUAACUCAACAGAAAGAGCAAAAUAAGGAGCUUGAACCUUGCAUGAAAUACAUGAAGGGGUCAAAGGCCAAACUAUCGCUUUGUCUGCCCCACUGUCUGCAGAAUGAGCCCAGCCAACAAAACCAUGACUUAAUGAAAGAACUUGAGGAGCAGAAGCGCUUGUAUCAGAUUCUGCAGGCAAAAAAGAAUGAAGCUGAUGAGGAAAAUCAGAAACUACGGGAAGAGAAUGACGGUCUCCUGAGGCAUCUCUCGCAGGCUGGAGAGGUUUCUUCCUUCUCGGUUGCUUCACAAGCUCAUGCUCCGAUUCCAGCUCCUAAAGUAGGAGGCCUUCUGUUUGGAAAUCCAUAUUGUGUUGCAGAAGCAAACCUGGAGGCAGGAGCUGCAGAUGCUUCUAUAAGGAAAUGCCCCAUGUGUGAUGAUGUCUUUCCAGACGAUAUUGAAACAAGUCAGUUUGAGGCCCAUGUGCAGAGCCAUCUUCUGGAGUGCCCGCUCUGCAGUGAGACCUUUGAAAAGUCCAACAAGCAGGUGUUUGAUGACCAUAUGUUUUGUCAUGGCCUGGAGUAA